GCCCGGGCCAAACAAAAAGCUAGCCGGCAACCACCAGUCCACCACCACCUCGUCCUCGUGUCCUCGUCACCACCUCACCCCACGCCACUACCUGCCCCCCGCCUCCACUCCCGCCGCCCCUGCACCGGGACGUCACCACUCGGCACCCCGGCAAGGCAAAGCGAGGGGAGCCGAGCGAGCGCAUCGCGUCGCGUGUUCCUUGCUUCGUCCUCACGUGCCGUGGCCCCUCCGCUUCCUCCUCGCCCGGCCGUACCUGUUCCUGUCCCCCCCACCGAGCGAGCCGCCGGCGUGUCGGUCGGGGGAGCUAGCGAUGCAGCACGAAGCGUGGCGGCCCGGCGCUGAGCCCGCCGGGGCGGGGGCGGGGGUGGGCCCUGCGCCCACCACCGUCGACGAGGCGUCCAUGGAGCGGAGCAAGAGCUUCGUCAAGGCGCUCCAGGAGCUCAAGAACCUGCGGCCGCAGCUCUACUCGGCCUCGGAGUACUGCGAGAAGUCCUACCUCCACAGCGAACAGAAGCAAAUGGUGCUGGACAACUUAAAAGAUUACGCUGUCAGGGCCCUUGUCAAUGCUGUCGACCACCUUGGCACAGUUGCUUACAAAUUGACAGACCUGUACGAGCAGCAGGCUUCAGAAAUCUCAACCCUCGAGUUGAAAGUAGCAUGCUUGAACCAGCAAGUCCUUACUUGCCAAACUUACACGGAUAAAGAAGGCCUUAGGCAACAGAAGAUGACGGGGGCUGCCAGAAGACUCCACAAACAUUACAUCGUACCAUAUGCGGGAAAUAAAAGAAUGCAAGCUUUUUCCGAGAUGCAAGGCAAUGCUGAUUUUGACAGAACACCAAGACCUUAUUCAUCAGCAAAGACCCUUCAGUGGCAUUUGGUUUCGGAGAAGAACUCCAAGACCAAUAGACCAGAUCAGUCUGAAUUCACCCUAGGAGAAACAAAAACCACUAAGCCUUCAUCAAGUGGCUUUGGCAAACUAGGCAAGGAACCAUCUGCAUCUCCCUUGUCCAAACAUGUGCAGUCCAACAUGACCAGCUUGGAUAUUGUUAGUGUCGGCGUGAAGGAUCAGCUCAAGACAAGGCCUUUGUCAUCAUUCAGUUCUUUUGACAACCCAAGGCAUUUGUCAUCUUUCAGUUCUUUUGACAACCCAAGAGGGCGUCAAAUCCAGAAGGCUCCGCUUCGCACAAGAAGUAUGUUAGCUGCUUUCUUUGUUAAGCACAGAUCAGCAAAAAUGAAAAAUGUCUCUGUUCGUUGAUCAACGACAAGCUGCAGUUUGGGACAUGGAAGAAACUAUGUAUACUUGUAGAUUGUAUUUGAAUCUUGUAUAUUAGUGCUCAAGACCUUUUCUGAUACCCUAUCAGUCUUCUCGCUUAAUGUCAUCUUGCUAAUGACCUAAAUGUAAUGAUUUAUAUGGAUAUACAGUAAUAGUUCUAUACCCUAGUGUCAUCUUACGGUCCAGAAAUUUACAGUGUAAUUGGAAUUUAUAAGGAGAUUCUUUUUUGCGAGAAAUAAAAGGUGCAUGGCUCAUCUGAUUAGUUGAA